AUGAAUUCUAAUCUUUUCGUUUCGAUUGAAGAAUUUGGUGUUUCUUCACAUAUUGAACGUAAUAAUGAAAUAUCAGUUUUUAUCCCACAAGGCUACUCACCAAUUCUUAUUCAUGCAGAUGCUAUGAAAAAAUUGAAAACAAUUAAGGAAUUUCCAGAGUUAAAGAUACGUGUUCCAGCAUUGAUCUUUAAUCCCAUUAAACGCCCACCAAACGCCUUUUUAUUAUUUCGAAAUAAAAUAAAAGAUCAAAUAAUUAAUCCAAAUAUAGACAAUCGUCAAAUUUCAAAAAUCGUUGAUAACAAAUGGAACAAACUGCCAGAAUCCGAAAAAGCACGAUAUAA